CUUUCCUCCCAGUUCUUCAACCUCAACCUCAGCCUGAGCCGCUGCUACUGUUGUGUUGAGUGGAUUGUGCUUGGCUGCCGCCGAGGCAUGAAUUUACAUUGGAUGAUGUGGUCUGUACGUUUUUACAUGUAACAAUUUCUUCCUAAAAGAGGAGUGCAGGGGUGUCAGAUUUGGAAACGUUUGAGUGCAGUGGCCCAAUAUUUUAACACAAUAUAACGGCAUUUCUGCUGUGGCUGGGUGAAAAAAAGAAGAAAGAAAAACUCGACACCGAGAAUUGCGCUUUGUGGUGGACAUUUUUUUCCGCCUUUGUAUUUCCUUGCGAGUCGCUGGGGACAUUUUGGAUUUUUUUCGUACUCUGAUUUGCGAGUUUUAUCUACGGAGGUUUUGGUUUUCUGUCUUCAGAGAACGACUUUUUUUUUUUUGUUUGUUUUAUUAUUUUAUGCUGCAAACGGGAAGUGUAUUACAGACGAUAAGAAAACUUUUGGCCAGACAGAACGCAACUCAAGAAAGGACGUUUGACUUUCACGAAUGAAUAGAACUUAACUGUUCUUAAAAUAAAUCACAUUGGGUCGAGUUGGACACUAGUCAGGAGACGUUGCUUAAAGCGCUUGUAAGGCGUUCAACUAAAGUCGAGAAGGCAAACUUUUGGGGGAUUUAAGUACUUUUCGGAUUUAAAUUCCAAUGAUACAUCGUAAACUAAUCGUCUGAGGAAUCUAAAUAUUAAGCUGCUCCCUCUGCUUUCAUGGAACUGUUUGGGAUAUUGCUCUGCUAGUUGCUUAGAACUUAAUGUCGCCACUUUUUUACAGUUCUGUAUUACUUUGUGCCGGUCUUGGAUCUUUUUCUGCCUCAAGCUGGACUCCAGGAAAGACACAUCAUAAAUGACAAGUGCCUGAUGACAAUGAAGCGGAAUUUCUUUCGGCUGGUGCCAUGUCGCUGUCUGCGAGGAGAGGAGGAGGCAGUCACCGCGCUGGAUUACUCUCACUGCAGCCUGGAGCAGGUGCCCAAGGAGAUAUUCGCAUUCGAGAAGACCUUAGAGGAGCUCUAUUUAGAUGCUAACCAGAUUGAGGAGCUUCCCAAGCAAUUGUUCAACUGCCAGUCUCUUCAUAAACUGAGUUUGCCAGAUAACGACCUAGCUGUAUUGCCACCCUCUAUCGCAAACCUCAUUAAUCUCAGGGAUCUGGACGUCAGCAAGAAUGGCAUCCAGGAAUUUCCAGAAAACAUCAAGAACUGCAAGGUUUUAACAAUAGUCGAAGCCAGCGUAAAUCCCAUUUCGAAACUACCUGAUGGAUUCACUCAGCUUCUCAACCUAACCCAGCUGUACCUGAAUGAUGCCUUUUUGGAAUUCUUACCAGCAAAUUUCGGCAGGUUAACCAAACUGCAGAUACUGGAGCUGAGAGAAAACCAGUUAAAGAUGUUGCCAAAAACCAUGAGCAAGCUGACCCAGCUGGAGAGACUGGACCUGGGAAGCAAUGAGUUCACAGAAGUGCCUGAAGUUCUUGAACAACUCACUGGUCUGAAGGAGCUUUGGAUGGAUGGGAACAGACUGGCAUACCUUCCAGGGGUAAUUGGGACGUUAAAGCAAAUGACCUAUUUAGAUGUAUCCAAGAACAACAUUGAAAUGGUUGACGAUCAGCUGUCAGGCUGUGAAAGCCUGCAAGACCUGCUGCUCUCCAACAAUGCACUGCAGCAACUUCCAGGAUCCACAGGUUCCCUGAAGAAAUUAACAGCACUCAAAGUGGAUGAAAACCAGUUGAUGUACCUGCCAGACUCCAUAGGCGGACUCACAUCCCUGGAAGAACUUGAUUGCAGUUUUAAUGAGAUAGAAGCCUUGCCGUCAUCCAUUGGGCAGUUCACCAACCUCCGGACCUUUGCUGCAGAUCACAACUUUCUGACACAGCUGCCUCCUGAGGUUGGUAACUGGAAGAAUGCAACCGUGCUGUUUCUACACUCAAACAAACUGGAGUCUCUGCCAGAGGAAAUGGGCGAAAUGCAGAAACUUAAAGUUGUCAAUCUGAGCGACAACAGGCUGAAGAAUUUACCCUUUACCUUUACCAAACUGAGCCAGCUGACAGCAAUGUGGUUGUCGGAAAACCAGUCUAAGCCCCUUAUACCUCUUCAGAAGGAGGAGGAUGAGGAUACACACAAAACCGUGCUUACCAACUACAUGUUCCCUCAACAGCCAAGGACAGAAGAUUUCUUGGCCAACUCUGAUAAUGAGAGCUUCAAUCCUUUGUUGUGGGAGGAACAGAGGAAACAAAGAGCACAGGUGGCCUUUGAGUGUGAUGAGGACAAAGAUGAGAGGGAGACACCACCCAGGGAGGGGAAUCUGAAGCGCUACCCAACGCCUUACCCAGAGGAACUAAAAAAUAUGGUGAAAACUGCACACACUAUAGCCCAUCGACUCAAAGAGGAUGAGUCGUCAGAGUCUGAAAAAGAAAUAAGACAGAACGAAGAUACGGCUGUUACAGUGAACGAUGUAGGUGUAAAGGCUUCAGGGAAUAACUGUGCAAGUGGAAAAAACCUGGAAAGCAAUCCAAAUGCAACUGUGAAUUGUGUGCUAAAACCCAGUGAACUUGAUUCUAAGGACACUAAAGAGACUUCACAGACGGCUGCACUUGUUAAGACCUCUGAGAACAUUCGAGCUAGAAUCAACCAUGAAGACACACUUGAGGACUCUGAAGACCUGUCCUCUGAUGAAGAGGAGAUGAAGAUUGCAGAGUUGCGACCUCCGCUUAUUGAGAUCUCUAUUAAUCAGCCCAAAGUGGUGGCACUAAGUAAGGAUAAGAAAGAUGAAAGUAAAGAUGCUGAUUCUUUAUUGGAUGAGACUGUUGCAAACAGUAACCAGAACAACAGCAACUGCUCCUCGCCAUCUCGCAUGUCAGACUCUGUGUCCCUGACAACAGACAGUAGCCAGGACACUUCCCUCUGCACUCCAGAGAAAGAGGCAAAGGUUAUGAUUAUAACCAAGAUCAGACAAGAUGAUGAAAAUUCAAAUCAGUUGAAGGAAACAGCACUCCUCCUUCAGAAUGGGAAUGGUUCGGACACCUCUCUGCAGGCCAUUCUGAAAAAUCAACAGGAAAAGAAGGUGCAAAAGGAAGCCAUCAAAAUGUCAGAUUUUGAGUUCACAGUGGACGAGAAACUGUCCCUCAUAGACAGGGGUAUGGAUUUAAAUAAUGGGAUGGAAGUUUCUUACAACAAAUGGGAUGAAAUCAAUAUGAAUAUAUCUAAGCUCUCUCCAGAUAAUAUGGAAAGGUUAAAUACCCUGGAAAAGACCAAGAACACAGUCCGGGAAGACUUAAAAAAUAAGUCUUUGCUUAACAACAAUGCUGAACAAGCUGCAGAAUACUACUUGGAGAAUGGUAACCAAUGUCCUACACAGGCUCUUUCUAAUCAUCUCAGUGGUCGAUUUGAAGAAACUCCCAGUUCUCCAACUAAGUUUGAGAUGGUGAGAACUGCUGCAGUCGGUGUAACAGCAAGUGCAGAUAUGUCUGUCUCUAGGAGCACUGAGGAACUGUCCCCACAGAAGCGGGGGCCUUUGGGACCUGUGGUGAAAUCUCAAAGUGUAACCAACAUCGAGCCAGGAGCGCUUAAAAUAUACCACAUUGUUGGCGAUAACGGACCACAUGAGCCAAAUGCUCCUGGAAGAGUACCUGCAGCUAAUGUUCAGGGGCAGAAUAUUGUCCGCAGCAAGUCGGCAUCUCUACUUAAUCACCAACCCCUGCAGGUCUACCCCGGCUCUUCCGCCUCUUCAUCUGACCUUGUGUCCUGUACCAAAACUUUAACCAAACACGAUCCCAACUUCAAACAACAAAGCGCCCAAGCAGGGAAGGGGCCCAUGCCUGCUGGCAUGCAGAUGCCAGGGGGGCCUCAAUAUAACAUCCAGUACUCAAGCAGCACAAUGCCCAAAGAAGGCCCCUGGACUCAGAGAACAGCCAUCCCACCAGAGCAAGGAUAUUUACCACCCCCUCGCCUGCAGUGGUCAGACAGUACUGACAGCUACAUGAAACACACAGCCAACACAAACUACUCGAACCGCAACAAUGCACAGGCCAGCUUGGGCUACAGCAUGCAGCAACGGGGUCCGCCCAGACAAAUGGAGAUGUGGGAAGUCAAUCCCCAGAAAGACAAAUUUAUGCCAGGUGGUCCCCGGAGCACCCUGCAGAGGCAGAGUAGCAAUUCCUCCUCCACCUCAAUGUCUCUUGGAGACCCGACACAACCCAGGCGCAUCGCGGCCCCGGCUGGAGAUUACUUAACUUACAGGGACAUUCACAGCAUGGGAAAGGGACCUCUGAUGAACCAGGGGAUGCAGAGACCCCUUUCCGCCAGGACCUACAGCAUCGACAGCCCCAACAUCCCCCGACCGCAAAGCGCACGGCCAUCCGCACAUGAGGUGCCUGAGAGAACGAUGUCCAUUAGUGAUUUCAAUUAUUCAAGGACUAGCCCUACCAAGCGGUCCAACGUGAGGGUGAAAUCAGAGCACUCGCUGCUCGACACACAAGAGGUCAGCAAGGUACCUGCCGACUGGAGAGAUCAGGUGAUGCGGCACAUCGAGGCAAAAAAGUUAGAAAAGAAUGUGCUGUCUAGGUCCUUUAAUUCCAAUUAUGCUGCAGUUAGCAGCUUUCACUAUGGCAGCUCUAGGGAUCUGCAUGGCAGCCAGGGCAGUGUUGCCUUUAGUGUUGCAGAUGGAAGACUUUCCGGAGCACACAUGUUCCGUGACGAAGUCUUUUCUCCAAGAUCGCCGGGCUACGAAAUGGUUGUACAUGGUCACAAGGAUGUGUCUAUGGACAUUAUGAGAAAAGUGCCUUUGACAAAUGGACAGAUGUGCCCAACUUCCCAGCCCCAGAUGAACUGCAGCCAAGUCCACUGUCAACCUUCCCAGGCCACUAUGGUGAGGCAUCCCUCCAGGGAGCAGCUGAUUGAUUACUUGAUGCUCAAAGUAUCCCACCAGCCCCAGGGUCCCAGCAGGCAGCCCCACGAGGUUGUGCAGAAGGAGGUGCAUGUCAAAAUAGAGAAGAAUCCUGAGUUGGGCUUCAGUAUAUCAGGAGGCGUUGGAGGCAGAGGAAAUCCAUUUCGACCAGAAGAUAAAGGUAUAUAUGUAACCAGAGUCCAGCCUGAAGGACCUGCAUCAAAACAUUUGCAGCCAGGGGAUAAGAUCAUUCAGGCCAAUGGAUACAACUUUGUUAAUAUAGAUCACGGACAGGCAGUUUCCCUGCUAAAAACUUUUCAGAGCACUGUGGACCUAAUCGUUUUGAGAGACGUCUGUGCAUAAAGGCGAGAACAAAACAAGAAACUUGCCCAGCAAGAGUCGUCGCCUUGGAAAAUUGAGAAAAACAACAAAAAAGAAUGAUUGCUUCAUUAUUUUUGUAAACGAAAGUCAGUUAUAUAAAUUAGAUGUUUGAACUGCAUACAGUAAUGAAAAUUAGUGCUUGUGGUGUGGGGCACAACCAUUGUUAGUGGUAGGGGCAUGCAUUGGGAAAUGUGGGGAUUUUGAAAGCUUACACUGGGGGGAUUUUUUUAUUUUUCUUUUUUUAACAAAAGAAUCGUACAUUUUUAAAGAUAUACUACUACAUGAACAAACCUGUGUGCUUUUUUUUUUUUUUUUUUUUUUUUUUUUUUUUUUAAUAAUUGAUCUGCGUUACUUUAACAUACAAAGCCUAAGUAGUAAGCCUACCUUUUUAGCUGGCUCGCAGAUGGCAGGGCUGUCUGUUACAUAGAUGUAUAUGCCUUUAUUUUUAAUUUUUCAACUGUUCAAUGCUGAAACCACUUCUAGAAAUGUACAGGAGAGGUGAUUUGAAGACAACGCUAUGUGCAUAUUGUGAAGGUGAAUGUGGUGCUGGAUUGAGUUUUCGGAGUUGGGCAAGACACAAUUUCAUCUUUUUGUUUUCCAUCCAGACAGUGGUGUAGGUGGCCUGGGCUUCCAGGUCAUUCUUGUUUUUUGAAAUGGCUGUACUUAUGAGACUUUGCAGAUGUCGUGUAGACUUUGACCUGCAGUGGAAAUCCUUUGACAGAUCCUGACACCCUGAGACAAUACGAAUUUCACCUUGGACCACAUGGCUUGGGACACUAGUAGUAGGAGGGUAGUUCGUCGUUUGUCUACACAGUCACCCAAUUUGUUAGAAAGAACAACUUAGCUUUAAUUGCCUUGUAAUCCACAUUUGGUGCAGAGUGUUUCUGUGGAAGCAUUGUUGGGUUUUUUUGGUGGGGUGGGGGGUUGUUUUGUUUUUGCAUCACUUAAUGAAAACCACCUCAUGAUUUGGCAAAUGUUACCCAUGUAUUUCUUUUUGUAAUAUAAUUCUGAAAUAAUGGCACCAUUGUUUUUAUAGAAGAACAGCAUAACACACUGGUAAAUGCAUUGAACUAUAACCAACAAAAAACACAGUCAAUUGUUGUUGAAGUACUGGAUCAGUGAGAAGACAUUGGUGAAAUUGGGAAAAUUAUUUUGUUUGGCCUUAAGUUGCCUUGAUUUGUAUGUGGGAAUAGCAAGUAUGGUGCUAGGUUACCAAAGUAAGUGUGUAAACUGUGGCAUUGUGACUGAGACUGCUGAGGACUGGAAGUGUGGAUGGGACCGUUUUGGUAGGCAUUUAUCAAAGGGCUUUUCUUCUAGAUGUAAAAAUGUGAAUUAGACACAAGAUUAGUUACUAAAGGGUUUCUAACAAAAGAAUCAGACACCACUGACUGCCUUUCCUUAGUGUUUUAAAGUUAUUAUUUUUAAUGUUAACUAAAAUUAAUUGUUUUAAAGAGUUUUUAUUGACAGUUUCAAAAUGCAUUUAAAAAAAAAAGUUUGUUGCUGGGGGAUGAUGCACACAGCAAUGUGGAACACAGUAAAGUGCCAUAGGAGACCAUGAACUGUUCGAACCAAGGGGGAACUCGAAGCAUUAUUCAAUUGCAUGUUUAACACUGUUUAAUGAAAAUUUCAUAUAGUCUGUUUUAACUCGUGAUAUGUUUUGGUAUUAUUGUACUUGUCAAAAUAGCAAUAGCUAAUCUGACUCAAAUAGAGGUUGAUUUUUUAUUUAUUUAUUUUUUUAAUGGCAAGGAAACCCUGUAAGGACUCUUCAAACAGCAGAUUGUUAUACAUAAUUUUAUAUUUAAAAUUGAAUGAAAACAUAGGAACUUUAAUUUUCAAAACAAUUUCUAAGAAACUUUUCAUGUCUCUCUUUCUCUCGAUAUAGAUAUUUUGUAGCACAAUGUAUAACUACCCCAACUAUUAAUGUGUUUCUGUGCUACAGAAAACAUGCAGCAGUGUCUCUACCAAAAGCCUUUUCCUUAGACACUUCAGAAUCGUAAUUGAUAGCUAUUUGAAGAUGCCUAACAAAAUUUGCUGUUUUUUCUAUUUCACCAAGAAUAGUAAUAGCAAAUUAACAAAGUCAAUAUGUGAGGUUUCAAAUUUAUGAAAAUAAUGCAUGUCUUCUGUUUCAUCAGCACUGCUCCUCUGUUUUUAUAUAAAUUGGAUAUAACUUGACUUUUUAAUGAACUUGGCAAUAGUACCGGACACUAAAAUGUGGUGGUCUAAUUUAUAAGCAGUUUCUUCAACAAGAAUGCAUCUUUUAAAAACCAUUGUAGGACGCACCCCUCGCUGUGUGCUAUCGGCUACCUGCUUUUUUCCUUGAGGUCUGUCUGUGUGGAGUUUGCAUGUUAUCCCCGUGUUCGCGUGGGUUUUCUCCGGCUACUCUGGUCUCCUCCCACAGUCCAGAGACAUACUGUUCAGGUUGAUUGGACGCUUUAAAUUGCCCUGUGUGUGAGGUGCCCUGCGAUGGACUGGCAUCCCUUCCAGGGUGCAGUCCUGCCUUUGCGCCCUGUGUCUGUCGGGUUAGGCUCCAGCUCACCACGACCCUGUAAAGGAUUAAGUGGUUAACAAAAAUGGAUGGAUUAUCAUGAACUCUCGGCUAUGUUUCAAAUGUAGUUGCACUAGUGAUUACAUCAUUACAUAAACCGCUUUAAUGAAACUGCCACAACUGACUGCUUGCAAAUGCAAGUUUCAAUUUAAAAUUCUAUUAUUUCCACUGAAAUGAAGAAAACACUUAGCUGUGCUCCCUUAAAUUUGAAAUGAGAUUGUUCUACUUCUCUUGGUUUUCUCACGUCAUUUGAGGCAAUUCAAAUGUCUGUACUGCUGCCCAAAAUUGAAAUUUAAUAUAAAACAUGCACCUGUUUAAUUUUAAUUGACAGAUUAAAAUAAAUGGGAAUGUGGCAUAAUAUUGUUUUUUUUUGUUCUUUUAACUCCUCUUUUUUAUGAUUUAACGCAAGUCCCCUUUUUAUACUUUAUCGCAUGUCCUCUAUUGCCAAAUCAUUAAAGUUCAAUUCUUUUAAAACAAAUUCUAAAAUUCAUACAUAUUUAUUAUGCUUUUUUAUUUAUUUAGGUAGUUUGCUUUUUUUGACUAGAUUUUACUAAUUGAACGUGUAAAUAAUUUAAAAAUAAACAUACCGCGAGUAAACCAGCAAUAAAUAAGAAAUGCAAAAACGAGCCCUUUUACCGUAUUACUGUUUAAUUUCAUUGUUUUCUCUCUAAGCAGCUGUGAUGAAAUGAUUGAUUUUUAAGAUUUGCUUUAUUUGAACAUUCCAAAUUUUGUAUAUAACUUUACUGUUUCUAAAGUAACCUGUGGACAGUAGGAAAUAAACUAAUGCUCUUUAAAA